CCACCCACCACCACACCACUCCUUCCCGUUCCGUUGCGAGCCCAGCCCACCCCCAAAUGGCGCCUCCCUCCUCCUCCUCCCGCCCGCCGCUGCCGCCGUCGUCGUGGCUCAUCCUAGGCAGCAUCCCGCGCGUCUCCGCAACGGCCGGCGGGGGCGACGCCUCCCUCGCGCUCACCGCGCCGCCGGGCGUCUCCAUCCUCAACGUCUCCCAGCGCGUCUUCCCGGAAGCCGCCUCGCCCCACCACUUCCCCUUCGUCCUCGCUACCGACCCUUCCGGCCUGCUCCUCCUCCAGGCCAACCUGAGCCGUCCGCCCAGCCGCCAAAUCCUCGAAGGUCCCGCCAGCCAGGGCGUGUACUGGAAAUUGUCCACCUCGCGCUACUUCGUCCUCGACGCCACUGCCGCCCCGGGGACGGCGUUCCACCUCCCUGACCCGGAGCCCCCCAACACCAUCCUGCACCAGGCCCUCCUCGGCCUUCUCGUCUCGCCCGGGGGUGGCGGCCACUACAUGGUCGCGGAGCUCCAGCCCAUCAUCGGCGCGGACAAAGCCACGCUCCUCUGCUUCUCCACAGAGGUCGGGGAGUGGGUCGAGAAGCGCGUCCACUACCCGCUCCCGCCACGCCCGCUGGUUCCCAUCGGCGUGGUCGCUCACCACGGGAGGCUCUGGUGGGUCGACCUCUCAUGGGGCGUCAUCAACUGCGACCCCUUCGCGGACAAGCCGGUCCUGGGCUUCGUUCCCUUCCCGCCGGGGAGCGUCCUCAAGUGCAGGGAAGGCUGGGGUGUCACCGACAAGUACCGCUACGUGGGCGUGAGCGAUGGCAAGCUGCGGUUCGUUGACACGUACGCUCGCAGCAGCGCCGACGCUCCCAAGGUCGCCGUUUGGACGCUGGCCGAUCCGGACUCGACGGAGUGGACGCUGGAGCAGGAGGCGACGUUUGCGGAGAUCUGGGGCGAUAAGAGCUACAAGGCCACCAGGCUGCCCAAGGAGAUGCCCGUGCUUGCGCUCAUCCACCCCAAGAACCCUUGCGUCGUCUACUUCUUCCUGGAGACGCAACUCUUCGGCGUCGACGUGCGCACGCGCAAGGUCGUGGACUGCAAGCCGUAUGGGCUAGUUGCGCCGCCGACCUGCUACCUCGCCAGCCGCUUCGUUCGCGCUUGGGAGUUGCCGCACCCGCUCCCCGCAGGGAUGCUUAACUGGUGCAAGGGCAUCAAGGCUAAAAAGGCUAAAGCACGUCCACCCCACCAGCCAUCACCAGGGGAUUACCACUUGGUGGGACAUACCAGGCAGACAUUCGUAGGAUGAAUUGGCGGGGGAGUAUGAAGCAGGCCUAUCAGUUUUCUUGGUCCAAUGCUCAAUUCAAGUUAUGCUCAUUCCGGGUUACCUGCAUGUUUUGGCAUUUUGGCGUGAAGUAGCUUAAUCUGUCUCAUCUCUUGGCCUUUUGGAAUCAGAUGGCGAAAUGCUGCUGGAACACUACCGGUUGUUGCAUUCUUAGUUGUACUUGUACCCUUGAGUGUGUGUGUAACUGCAAAUCUAUGCUGCAGUGACUUGUUGCAACCCUAAUUCCCUGCACUCAUUAGUGUUUCAUGCUUAUAUAUCUCGUUGCUGCUGCUUGCUGAUUAA